AUGAGGCUCUCAGCUUUCCUGAGUGUGCUCAGCCUGGUGCUGCAAGAGGCAGGGACAGCAUCUGUGCCACACCGGAAGAAGAGGAGUGAAGAGCCACACCACAGCAAAAGCCUGAGUCUGAACAGCUCCAGUGAGGUCACUGACCUGAGAAACUAUGAGGAUCAUGAGGGGCUCGCAGACUUCAGGGACCCUGAGGUUAAAGUGACCAGCCCAGCUCCUCCAACCAGGAUCGGUCCCGCCCAGAACACUAUAGCUGCAAGAACACCGUCAUCCAACCCCGAGAUGACCAGGCCUACCUCGCCAACUAUGCCAGGCUUACUGGGCUCCCCAACCAGCCAAGGCCUGCCCACUUGCCUGGUCUGUGUGUGCCUCAGUUCCUCUGUGUACUGCGAUGACACUGACCUGGAAAACAUUCCUCCUCUCCCCCGGAUGACCACCUACCUGUAUGCCCGCUUCAACCGCAUCAGCCACAUCAGGGCCGGAGACUUCAAAGGGCUGACAAAACUGAAAAGGAUUGACCUCUCGAGCAACUUCAUCUCCUCCAUCGACAACGAUGCCCUCUACUCGCUGCCAGCUCUGCAGGAUCUGAUCCUGUCAGAGAACCAGCUGGCAGCUCUGCCCAUGCUGCCCAGUGGCCUUGAGCUCCUGGAUGUCCGCCUGAAUCGGCUCCAGAGCUCGGGGAUACAGCCCAGGGCUUUUGGGGCCCUGGCGAAGCUGCAGUUCCUCUUUCUGGCAGACAACUUGCUGGACUCCGUCCCUGGGCCUCUGCCCCUAAGCCUGCGCUCACUACAUCUGCAGAAUAACGUGAUAGAGACUAUGCCAAGAGACGCCUUCUGUGACGUGGAGGAGCACAGACACACCCGCAGGCUGCUGGAAGACAUCCGCCUGGACGGGAACCCCAUCAACCUCAGCCUCUUUGCCAGCACCUACUUCUGCCUGCCCCGGCUCCCCAUUGGCCGCUUCACCUCGUCCCGCAGUCCUCUCCUCCCAAGUCGUCUCUGCCUGGCCAGCCAGCAGACUUCAGUCUCUAGCAGCCAACCUCUCACAGGCCCCCUCCCGCGGUCCCCGCAGUCCCCGCAGUCCCUGCAGCUAGGCCAGGAUCUCUGUGUGGUGGAAGGAUGCCUGUUUACAUUCCGCUCGUCCUCCCGCCCACGACCUGGGGCCCAGACCCUGGAGAAACAGCUUUAG